AUGACUUCAAUCCCUGAAAAGCGCGUGUUCUCCUCACGUUUGCUUUCAUUCUUGAUCUUCAUUUCAAUGUUCUUCAUACUCAUUUCUUCAUCACUCCUCUUUCGAAUUGGUGACAAUUCCUUAGUACCCAAAUCAAUUUACAACCUAAUUGUUGUUAAUAGUGUCUCAAAUGAACCCAAAUCGAUUUCUUGCAAAGAAAUAUGCCCCGACUCCAUGCCAAUCAAACCAGUUGCCUCUUGUGAUCCAAAUCAAGCUAUUUUAAAAGUGUUUAUGUACGAUUUACCCCCUGAUUUUCACUUUGGGCUAUUAGGUUGGAUAGGAAAACAAAAUCAAAUAUGGCCAAAUGUUGGUAACUUUAGUGAAAUCCCUAAAUACCCAGGUGGAUUAAAUUUACAACACAGCAUAGAAUAUUGGCUCACACUUGAUCUUUUAUCAUCAAUCACUCAAAAUGUUCCUCGAUCUUGUUCUACUAUUCUUGUAGAUAAUUCAAGUCAAGCUGAUAUCAUUUUUAUCCCCUUUUUUUCGUCAUUGAGUUACAAUAGGCAUUCUAAGAUUCAAGGGAAUGAGCAAAAUAGUACUAAUGAUAUUUUGCAAGAGAGGUUGGUGGAAUAUUUGAAGGGUAGAAAUGAAUGGAAAAGAUUUGGAGGAAAAGAUCAUUUGAUCAUGGCUCAUCACCCUAAUAGUAUGUUGAUUGCUAGAUGGAAAUUGGGUUCGGCUAUGUUUGUGCUUGCGGAUUUCGGUAGAUAUUCUAAUGAGAUUGCAAAUAUUGAUAAAGAUGUGAUUGCUCCUUAUAAACAUGUUGUUAGGACUAUUGAUGCUAAAAAAUCGCCUUCUUUUGAAGAACGCCCCACGUUGGUGUACUUCCAAGGAGCAAUUUAUCGAAAAGAUGGUGGAGUGAUUCGUCAAGAAUUAUACUACCUAAUGAAAGACGAAAAAGAUGUGCAUUUCACUUUUGGAAGUGCUAUUGGAGGUGGGGUCCGCACGGCAUCCACAGGGAUGUCAUCAUCCAAAUUCUGCCUCAACAUUGCGGGAGACACACCUUCUUCAAAUCGCCUUUUUGAUGCAAUUGUCAGCCAUUGUGUUCCUGUUAUCAUCAGUGAUGAAAUCGAACUCCCAUUUGAAGACAUUCUUGACUACUCCAAAUUUUCCAUUUUUGUCCCUGCAUCAGAAGCGUGCAAAAAGGGGUACCUCUUGAAACUUCUCAGAGGGGUUAAAGAGGAAAAAUGGACAGAAAUGUGGGAAAAUUUGAAGCAAAUUGCACCACAUUUUGAGUAUGAGUAUCCUUCGAAACAUGGUGAUGCUGUUGACAUGAUUUGGAAGGCGGUUUCAAGAAAGAUAUCGAGUUUACAUUAUAAAACUCAUAGGAAAAAUAGAUAUAAUAGGUCACGACAAUUCUUGAAUGCUCGUUAAAUUACGCUUUUGCCCUUUUGGAAGAUGAGUAUUUUUAUCUCCAAACGAUAGGAAGUUUUGUUGCACCAAAUUGUUGUAAUAUUGGUGUAGACGAUCAAUCUAGUAUGUUAUCUUGUUACACCAAAAA